AUCAGUUGGUAAAAGUAUAUCGUUGCGUACGGUUUGUCAAGAGUUUAAUAGAAAACUUGAAAAAAAAAUUAAAAAUCAUAAAUUCGAAACUUUUAAACUACAACACACAAGUUUCAUUUUCAUUCGAUUUGAAAUCAAACUUUAACAAAUAAAAAAGAAAACGCAUUAAAACAAGUUUUAUUUAAAAGAAAACAAAUUAACAAACAUGUCGGUGCUACGUACCAUGUUGUUGCUGGCUUUGGGUGCCACCGUUACUUUGGCUCAAAGACGUUUAGCGUUACCUGAUCCCAGAAGUUGUGCUAAUCGUGUUCGACAUGCCUCCUAUCGUGAUGCUCGAGGUGUUUCUCACUCAUACUUCUUCAGUUGGGAACAUGCUCCCACUCGCAGUUUAGAAGUCGAUUGGUUGGAUGCCCGUAACAUUUGUCGUCGCCAUUGUAUGGAUGCCGUUUCGCUUGAGACUCCCCAAGAAAAUGAAUUUGUUAAGCAACGCAUUGCUCGUGGUAAUGUACGUUAUAUUUGGACUUCUGGUCGCAAGUGUAAUUUCGCUGGCUGUGAUCGUCCCGAUUUACAACCUCCCAAUGAGAACGGUUGGUUCUGGUCUGGUUCAGGUGCUAAAAUUGGUCCCACCUCUCAGCGCAACACUGGCGAUUGGUCUCACACCGGUGGCUACAAUCAACCUCAACCCGAUAACCGUGAAGCAGCCCAGGGUAAUGAUGAAUCUUGUCUCUCCAUACUCAAUAACUUUUACAAUGAUGGUGUCAAAUGGCAUGAUGUUGCCUGUCAUCAUCUCAAACCAUUUGUAUGCGAAGAUUCCGAUGAACUUUUGAACUUUGUUCGCUCACGUAAUCCUGGUCUUCGUCUGUAAAGUAUAUGAUAUUAUUUUGGCCUUGUCCACUCCACCAACUCUUCUCACUCUCUUUUUAACUUUUUUCUAUUAUUGAUCUAUGGUUAAUUGUUAUCAAACAAAAAAUUAUGUUUAUUUUAUAGAAAAAUGGGAAAAACAAAAAUUACUUUUUAAGCUUAAAUUUUAAAGAAAAUCGUUUAUUUAUAAAAAAUUCUGUUAUUGUUUUUUUAAAUCAUUAUUUGUUAUACGAAAUUCAUCUUUGUUGUUGGAGAUAAUUUUGAUUAAUUUUAUCUUUUCUCUUCUAUUUAAAGUUACGAAAAAUAAUGGAAAAAAUCAACAACAAAAUUUCAUUAAAUACACAUUUACUUUUUGUAAUUAUUUAAUUAUUAUAUUGAUUCGCAAAUGUAUACAAAA